CGCUUAUUUAUAUUUGCGUCGCUUUUAUAAAUAGGAGCGACGCAUAUACUAUUGUUAUUUGCGUCACUUAUUUCCUGAUAAAUGACGCAAAUGACUAUUCAGUAUACAAAAAAAUGAAAUAAAAACUUACGCUGCCGUUCGAAGUUCUUCAAAACCCUCAGCAAAUUCAACCCCAAAAUUCCCAAAAUUUCUAACAGCAAAACCUAAAAAAUUCAUCCAGUAAAACCCUAGAAUUCCCCAGCGCUGCCAUUCCACCUGCAAACACCAGCGAAUUCAACAGCUAUACCUCGAAAAUUUGAGCCCAAAACCUACAAAUUCGACCACUAAUCGAUAAACCCAACAAAUUGUAGGCAAAACCCGUAUAUUCGAGCCAAAACCCACUAUUUUUCGAGCAAAAGAUCGACCCAAAACCCCCACAAAAUUGUGAGAGAAUUAAAGUUUGUGUUUCAAAUUUAGGGUUCUUUUAAUUAGUUGCAAUUUGUUUCGAUUAUUUGAAACUUAGGGUUUGUACUCGAUUCUAUGGGAUUUUGGCUUACUUUUGCAGAAGUUGCAAGCUUGCUUCAUCCGAUUUAAGAGCUCUUCAUCUCUUUAUCUUAUUUUCAAUCUACAUAGAUAUUUGGAGUUUAAUUGUAAAUGAAUUGCACGAAUUUUAGAAUUACAAGCAGAUUUCUGUAUAACAAAUUUUUUGGGUUCGUUUUCGAAUUUAGGGUUCAUCAAAGAAAUUUAUGGUUUUUUACUUGAUUCUAAGGAAUUUUGGUUCUAGUUUGGUGAAAUUUAUGUAGUCGAUUUCAACGAAGGUAAGAUCUGUUCUUUUUUUCUACUGUUUUCAAACUAGCAGAUGGAAUUUAGGGUUCAAUUUUGCUUGACCUUAGUUUAAUUUUACUAUUUUGUUGUGAUUUUUUGCACAAAUUUUAGAAUUUUCUUUUUGCAGAUUAUGUGUUUCAUGCUUAGUAUAUAGAAGUCUAUUAAUUUACUUUUGAGCUGCUGAAGUGAAAAAGAUUAAGAUGUACUCUGUAAUAAGGUGUUCUUAAAAUGGAACUUGCCUAUCAAAAUGAUGUUCAUCAUUGUUAAGGUCGACAGUCUCAACACUGUCCUAUAAUUAGGAAGUUGGAUAUGUUCCUUCCCUCAGCUUAACGCCUUUAUGGAGUUUUUGCUAUCAUUUUGUGCAUCUGAUGAUUUGGAAUAAUCAAUAAUGGUACACUACUUAUAUUUCUUGGAACGACUUUGUGCACAUUAUGAUCUUACAGAUAAUGCCAAAUUUACCAAAACCUUUUUUUAACAUCCACUUGUUUUUUCUCGUAGUUGAAUGGGUAAAAUGAUUUCAUGGAAAAAUAUUGGCAGCCCAAGUAGCAGAUAUGCUAUCUAUAUUAUUCAUGUAAUUGGUCAUAGUGGCUCCCCACUUUUCUUUGACAACCUUUACUAGUUCUAUGUGUUUAGUCUUGUUCUCACUGAGCUUUAUAAGCCUUCCUGUUUUAAAGUUUUGUGGUAUCAAAAUAAAGCCCUGAGUAUCUUAUUUAUUAGAUAUAAAUGAAGCCAAAGUAGAACGUAAUUUAAAAACCUCCUAUAGAAAGCUAAACCCAAGGGUUCCCUCUUUCAAUAAUUGACUGACUUUGGGAUUGAGUGUUAUUUGUCUAGCUUCUGUUAAAGAUGUGAUCAAAUCUGUUUUGCAUAUAACUUCUAUUUGGGAUUUAAAAAUAUGAGCUACAAUGUACUCUGCCUUUUUUUGAGGAUUCUUUAUCAAUGUUAGGUUGUAAUUUACAUCUUUAAAUGUGCAAAAAACUUUCUACCAACUUUGAAAAUAGCAGAUUUGGAUGCCCUGCUCUUUGAUGUAUGCCUGUUUUGUAUUGUGAUAUUGACAUAAAUUCUCGGGAUUUGUGUUUAUUGUAUGAUUUUUAGGUUUGCUCAGAUAUAAAUAAGCCAAAUGGACAAUUUAUUUUGCCAAAUGAUCAAAUUUUUAUCAUGACUUUCAUAUCUUCCCUCCCAAUAAGAAAGAUUGGAGGCAUUGGCAAGGUUACUGAGCAUAUCCUAAGGACUUCUUUUGAGAUUGAUACAUGCAAAGAUUUACUCGACAAAGGCGCUUUUCUAUGUGCAUUGUUUUCUCCUUCAUAUGCAGAUUUUUUUCUAUCUGUUGGAUUGGGACUAGGGAGCACAGAUACACCACAAGCUAGACUGCGGAAGAGCAUGAGUAAUGAAAGAACAUUUUCCGCCACCGAGGAUGAAGCUUACUUAUAUAAGAAGCUAGUGUCCUCAACAAUUGGGUGGACGUGAGUGUGGCUACUACGUCAUGCGUUAUAUGUACGAAACAUCAUCAUAGCAGUGAAGAUCUUAUUAAGGAUUUUUCAAGAACUACACCGUACACCGAGGAGGAGAUAAAUGAGAUUCGAGAUAUUUGGGCAGAGUAUUUUAUAUGUAAUGUUGAACUUUAGAUUUACACUUAGCGCAUGUUGGACUCUUGUUUUGGAUUAUAGGCUUGAAAUGAAUGAAUUUGGUUAAUUGGUGUUGGGAUGAUGAGUAUAAUGUCUAUGAUAUUGAGAUGUAAAUUAUUGGACAGGUUGUUAAUAUAAUGUCGUCAUUCCCAAUUUUAUGGGUAGGCCAAAUUACAAAGGAGAUUCUGCCGAAAUUUACAUUUGCAUUAUUCAAUAAUAUUGCAUUUUAAUUUCAA